UCCAAAUAUACCAUCUAUAUAAAACAAUUAAAUUACAUAAAUUUUAUAGUUCUUUAUUCUUCUUAUAGAUUUGCAAUAUAUUUUUGUUUUAUAACAAUUGAAUUAAAAUAAGUACCUUUGAUUAGUUCUGGUUUAUAGUUUUUACCCAACUCAUUCAAAAAAAUUUUAUAAAAUGGUUCUGACUCUUGUGCUGGCAUUGCUCUAUGAAAGUCAAGUUUAUUUCCUUUUAAAACAUGAUACAAUGUAAACUGACUGAUGCACAAAAUUUCGUAUUGUUUAUCCAUAACACUAGCAUUCCAUUUCUUCUUGUCAUUCUCAAAAAUUUUUGUGUUUAAAAUUUUUCUUACUCUAUAAAAACAUACAAAGUGACAAAUUAUAUAAAAUGAGAAAAUUGUGCAUGAUGACAAAUUAUAUAUAUUAUGUAAAGUGAGACUUUAAUAUAUAUUAUUUAAAUGGGAAAAUACUAUCAAUACAAAUAUGAUAAGUACAUGUAUUUUAUGUCAGCCAAAGUGUCACCUCUUGUUAUACCAAUUAAUACACAGAGUCCAUUUCCAAUACUGCUAAUAACUUUAUUGUCCACUGAAAACAAAAUACGUAAAGGUAACAUAUUUUAUAAUUAAUAUGAUAUAUAAUAUGUAUAUAACCUGUAACAGAGGCACUUGUUACACGUUGAAUUACUGCUUUCAUAUUAUUUAAAUCUUUAUAACUAAUUCUUUAUAAUUUUUUCUAUUAUUAUUAUUAUAUCUUAAUUAAGUCCUAUCUUCAUUUUAUAUUGUAUCUACAUUAUUUUAAGUUCAUAAGAUUAAUAAAACACAAAACUUCGACGUGAUAAAACUCGACCACUCAUAAUAUAAUGCGUAAUAGGAUACAUUUAAUUCAAAAAAAGUUUUAAUGGAUUUUAUCGAUUAUUGAUUAUAAGUCUAUCUGAAAACUAUCAAAUGUAAUUAAACUUAAUCGUAAAGCAAUAAACACCGAUUCUAGUUUACAUAACUUUGACAUCUACAAUAGAGUGCGCUCUUGUAUAUCUGCAUCAUUACAUACACCGUUUACUAUCUUACAAAAAGAGAAGCUUCAUACUUACGCUGUCCAUUUUUUUAAUAUAAGAUCUUAUUGCGUUUCUAGAACAUACUUAAAUAUGUCGGAAACAGAUAACGUUGGGCAAGAAAUGGAGGCAUCUGGUGAACCUGAUGCAGUGUCAGAAGAAGAUAGACAGUAUUUAUUGGAAUAUGUAAAGGAAACUGAACAAAGAUUAACAAACAAAGAAGAAAUUAGGGCUGCCAAUUUGAAUCCUACAAGACCACCAGAUACAUAUUUCAGUAAAUUGGAUUCCAGUCUUAAAAGAAAUACAACAUUUGUCAAAAAACUUAAAAAUUUUAGCAUGACUCAGUUAGAUGCUGUUCUGAAAGAUAUGGCUAAUUUAAAUUUGACAAAAUAUGUUAGUGAAGUUGCGACCGCAUUAGUCGAUGCUAAAUUGAAAAUGAAUGAUAUAUCAUCAGCAAUUAAAGCUUGCAGCUUUUUACAUCAGACAUAUGCAGAGUUUUCUGCACACUUCUUUGAAAAUUGGCAAAGAAUAUUAUCUUUAAAAAUUGGAGAAAAAAUUGCUAAUCCAAGUAAACUAAGAGUAGAUUUACGUUUUUAUGCAGAACUUGUAAAUGCUGGAAUUUUUACGCACAAACAAGGUUUACCACUUCUUGGUUCUGUAUUAACAGUUUUAAUUAACAUGGAUAAAGAAGAACACAAUAAUGCAAGUAUUAUAUUAAGUUUUUGUCGUCAUUGUGGAGAAGAUUACGCAGGUCUUGUUCCUAGAAAAGCAAGGGAAUUAUCAGAAAAAUUAAAUAUCCCAAUACCUAAGAGCAAAUUACUCUCUCCUGACAAACAACAAAAUGUAAGAUUUCUAUUACGCGAUUAUUAUAAUUCAUUGUGUAAACAUUUGCUGAAAGAACAUAAAGAACUGCAAGCUUUUGAAAAACAAAAUCGUAAGAUUUUACAAACUAGAGGUGAAUUGAGUGCAGAAAGAAAAGAGAAAUUAGAAUCCCUUCAAGUAUCUUAUGAACGUCUUUUUAAUGGAGUACAAAGUUACUCUGAUACCUUAGAUGAACCGAUACCUGAACUUCCUGUAGAUAUUGAAAUGAAGGCAGAAGCUGAGGAAACAUUAAAAAUGAUUAACGAAGGAGAAGAAAAUAGCAUUUUGGAAGAUAUGUGGGGCGAUGAAGAAACAAGACGAUUCUAUGAAGUGCUGCCUGAUUUAACAGUAUUUUUACCAGGAUCAUAUCUAAAAGAAGUACCAAAACCUGAUGCUCCUAUUACGGAAGAAACUUUGGACGAAGAGAUAACAUUUGAUGAAUUAGAAGAGACUGAAAAAGUGGAUGAACCAGAAGUGGAAACAGAAGAACCUCAAGUUUCCAACAUAAGUAAUAAAAUAUUAUUAGAUGCAUUUCUUAGUCAUUUACCAAAUUGUGUCAAUCGCGAGAUGAUUGACAAUGCAGCAGUUGAUUUUCUCAUCAAUUUGAAUACAAAGCAUAAUAAAAAGAAAUUAGUAAAAGCAUUAUUUGGUGUUUCUAGGAUACGUUUAGAUUUGCUGCCAUUCUAUUCUCGUUUAGCUGCAAUUCUGUAUCCUGUAAUGCCAGACGUAGCAAAUGAUUUGUGUUUAAUGCUAAAACAUGAUUUCAAAUAUCACGUCCGAAAAAAGGAUCAAAUUAAUAUUGAAUCAAAGAUAAAAGUGGUACGUUAUAUAGGCGAGCUUGUAAAAUUUAAACUUUAUUCAAAAAUAGAAGCAUUAUACUGUCUGAAAGUAUUGCUUCAUGAUUUUACUCACCAUCAUAUUGAGAUGGCAUGUAAUUUGUUAGAAACUUGUGGAAGAUACCUCUUUUGUUCUCCUGACUCUCAUCAAAGAACAAAGGUCUAUUUGGAACAGAUGAUGCGUAAGAAGGCUGUUACUGCCUUAGAUUCCCGUUAUGUAACAAUUAUUGAAAACGCAUAUUAUUUUGUAAAUCCUCCUGAAUCAACUGGUGGAGUAUCUAAAAAAGAUAGACCUCCUAUUCAUGAGUUCAUCAGGAAACUUCUCUAUCAAGAUCUUUCUAAAACAAAUACGGAUAAGGUACUUAAAUGGAUGAGGAAAUUAGACUGGGAAGACGAAAGUGUAUCUUCAUAUGCUAUAAAAUGUCUCACUGCUGCAUACAAUGUAAAGUAUUUAAAUAUUCGAUGUGUUGGAAGUUUGUUAGCUGGAUUAGUAGCACAUUAUGAAACAAUAGGUCCUCAUGUGGUAGAUGGUGUAUUAGAAGACAUAAGACUGUGUAUGGAAAUUAAUUUGCCUAAAUACAAUCAACGUCGCAUUGCCAUGGUUAAGUAUCUUGGAGAAUUGUAUAAUUAUCGUAUGGUUGAAAGUGGUGAUAUCUUUAGAACUUUAUAUCUAUUAAUUACAUUCGGUGUCAGCAUGGAUCAUUCUGUUCCAAGUGUUCUUGAUCCUCCCGAUCACUUAUUUAGAAUUAGAUUAGUAUGUACACUUUUAGAAACCUGUGGACAAUAUUUUAGUGGAGGUUCAAGUAAGAAAAAGCUUGACUACUUUUUGGUAUUCUUUCAAAAUUAUUAUUGGUUUAAAUAUACAGAUCCUAUAUGGACUUCUGAAAAUCCCUUUCCCGUAGGAAUAGAUUAUAUGUAUCGAGAUACAUUGACAAUGCUUAGACCAAAAAUGCAACUUUUUCAAAGUUAUAAAGAAGCGCAAUGUGCUAUAGAAGAAUUAAGGAACAUAUUGUAUCCAUCCCUAGGAAGUACUACUACAGAAGACAUUGAGCAUACAGAGGGAGAAUCUGAUAUGAGUGUAAUUGUAGAAGGAGAUGAAGAAUUGCUUGUGACAUCUGGAAAUGGAAGUGGCGACGCAAAAGGAAUGGGAGAUUUACAUUUUGAAGAAUCUGAAGAUUGUUCAGAAGCACAAUCUGAAGAAGAUUGGACAGCAGAAGCGGAAAGAGAUGAUACCAUGGGAACUCAGGAAAAUACUCAAGGAGAUCAAAGUCUAUCAGAAGGUGGUACUGAAGGAGUUAUAAUGGAUGGUACUGAAUUAAAUGCUGCUCUUCCAGCAGGUCCAAAAAAGAUGACGUGUCCUGAAGAUGAUGAUUUUCUUUCUGCACUUGAUAAAAUGGUAUCCGAUAAUAUACAGGAUAGAAUGCGUGAUGCUGUUAAACCACAACAAGUUGAUAUAUCUGUACCAUUGCAUAUAAAAAGUACAAAAAAAACGUACGAGCAAUUGCAAGUGCAAUCAUCUGAUAAUUCUACUAUGGACUUCAUACUUAUGCUGAGGAAGGGUAAUAAACAACAAUAUAAAAAUUUAGCUGUGCCAGUAUCAUCAGAAUUAGCUAUGAAUCUUAGAAAUCGCGAACAAGAACAAAAGGAGGAGAAAGAACGUGUAAAAAGAUUAACUUUGAAUAUAACAGAAAGACAAGAAGAGGAAGAUUAUCAAGAAACUAUAAAUCAAGGUACACGGCCGGUAACAGUAAAUCUAAAUAGAGAACGACGACAAAAGUAUAAUCAUCCUAAAGGUGCACCAGACGCUGAUCUUAUAUUCGGACCAAAAAAAAUUCGGUAAAUUCAUGCAGCACUUGCUCAGAAAAGAAAUUAUUUUGUACUUUGUGAACACCGCGUAGUCUCAUUCUACGGAAUUUUGACCAAUGUGAAACAGUGCAAUUGUAAUUAUACACCAUACCUUCUACUUUUAAUUAAAGAUGCAACAUCUAUUGUUUAUAUAGAUUCGUCUUCCCUUCGUUUUGUUAUUAGCUUUAAGAGUAGUAUUGUUGAAUAACUUGUGAAUGGGUGCACGAUUGCAUGCAAAAAAAUCAUGUUAGAAACUGUUACUAUCGAGCAAGUCAAAUCAUAAUAUACUGAGAAUAAUACUUUUCCAAAUGCUUCAAUGUAAUACUUAUAAUUAAUCUUAUUUUCUAAUGGUUUGUAUAAUAUGCGCAUCAUGACUAAGAACUCUCUUAUGUACAAAUAAAUAUUUCUAUAAAAAUUGUCAAUGCAAAUGCAUCUUUCCCGUUAUAGGUAAGAUUUAAUAAUAAAAAGAAAUUGAACUAUUAACUAUUUGUGCAUAUACAAAAUGAUCAGUUAUAUUUAAUGUAUAACUAUUUAUUUUUUACCUAAGAAAUUAUCACCAUGUACAAAAUGAAUAUAAAUAAAUGUUAGGUGCUUUUA